AUGUCUAUCGAACCGUCAAGCUCGGAAGCUCCAGUGCCACCGGUCACAUCCACGGAAAGUCUUGAUAGCCUGGACAUGCUGGAGAGGCAUUUCGAGCCCGCAUUCGACCAGCUGGGAAGUAAUCGACUACAGAAUAUUCUCGAAAUGGACCUGCCUCGUCCUAAAGCACUUCUGUCUCAUCACGGCUAUGAAGUAGGACAGGGAGCUAUUGCAGGAGGCGCAGUAGCAGUUGUGGUUGUCGUUUGCGUUGGUUUCUUACUUGUACUGCUUGUCAUUGGAGUAUUGAAAAUGAGGGACACUCCACUGCCUCGCAAAAGGAAGAACAAGCGACAAGAUGACGGUAUGUCAUGGGAUGAUUCUGGUAUGAACAUCACCGUUAAUCCAUUGGACGAUGUGGAGAAAAACGUUGCUGAAGAGGAGUUUACAGAAGAUGAAGAGAGCACUGAUGGCGAGGAAAGGUGA